CCCUCGGCGUUGCCCAUGGCCCCUACGGGCCCCCGCCGGCCGCCGCCAUCGCGGGCGGCGCCGCCCGGAGCGCCUUCACGGGGGGCGCCGCCGCCAUCUUGGCUACGGGCAACGCGCGCCGCCCAUUGGCUGAGCGGCGAGGGCGGGGCCGAGCCGGAAUGUGACCCCUCCGGACCCCCGGACCCGAGCGGAGACGUUCCUUGGCGGGCGCGUUCCGGGCCACCCUCCUGCCCCGCGCGUGUCCCCAAAUCCGCGCGUGUCCCCAAAUCCCUUCGUGUCCCCAAACCCCCGCGUGUCCUGUGGCCUCCAUGUCCCCCCGUGUGCCCACCCCGCAUCCCUGGACUCACCCCGCCCCAUGUUCGCCGCUGUGCCGCCUCCCCCAGCCCCCUCCCCCAUGUCCCCUGCUGUCACCCCCCGCGUGUCCCAUGUCGCGUCCCCCACCCCCCAUGGCUGCACCGCCCUGGCUCUGUCCCAACCCCCCCUUCGUGUCGCCCUCCCGCACCUCUGGACCCCCCCCCCCCGUUGUCCCCUGUCCCCUCUGUCCCCACCUCCUCAGCCCACUGUCCCCUCCCCGCGCCACCUCUGUCGCCACCGUGUCCCCAUCCCCGCAGUGACCGGGGGGGCUGCGACCUUUUGUCGCCAGCGCCACCCGCGCCCUUUGCCCGCCUGUCCCCAGCGCUGUCCCCGCUGUCCCCUCCCCGCCGGGGGCCGAGGGUCGGGGACACCGCGGGCGACAACCUUCGGCCAUGGGGACACCGGGGGGACACCGGGGGGACACCGGGGGGACACGGGGCCCCCCCGCGCUGCCCCUCGGCCCCGCCGUGUUUGCCCGGGGGGGGCGGGAUUGGGAUAAAAACGGGGCCGGGGCAGGCGGGACCCCAAAGCUGCAGCGGCACCUGGCCAGCCAUGAGGCUCCCGCUGGCCACGCUGCUGCUCCUGCUCGCCGCCGGCCGCCUCGGGGCUGCGCUGCUCCGGCGGGAGGCGGCGAGCGAGGGCUCGGAGGGCUCGCAGGGCUCGGAGCCGGUGGCCAGCGCGGAUUUCCUGAGUCGCCAUCUGCAGAGCCUCUCCGAGCUGGUGGCCCGCGAGUUGCCACCGCAGCUGCGGCCCGAGGAGCUGCGCAGCCAGGCCGAGCUGUACCUGGAGCGGGCUAACAAGCAGCUGGAGCCGCUGGCCCGCGAGCUGCAGAACAACGUGCUGGGGCUCUUCUCGUCCCUGCUGCGCCUGGGCCGCGCCGAGGGGCAGGGGGAGAGCCCCGAGACCCCCUGAGACCCCCGGGGACAGCCCCGAGACCUCCUGAGACCCCCGGGGACAGCCCCGAGACCCCCUGAGACCCCCGGGGACAGCCCCGAGACCCCCGGGGGACAGCCCCGAGACACCCUGAGACCCCCGGGGGACAGCCCCGAGACCCCCUGAGACCCCCGGGGACAGCCCCGAGACCCCCGGGGACAGCCCCGGGACCCCCGGGACCCCCUGAGACCCCUGGGGGUAUCCCCUGAGACCCCCCUCAAAUACAGCCCUGAGACCCCCAAGAUCCCCAGCCCAGCCCCCAGUACAGCCCUGAGACCCCCACACAGACCCUAACUCAACCCUGAGACCCCCCCCAGGAUGGGCCCAGACACAGCCCUGAGACCCCCCCCCUUAAUCCCAACCCAGCCCUGAGCCCCCACCCCAAUCCAGCCCUGAGCCCAUCGUGGGACCCCAAACGCAGCCCUGAGACCCCCCUGAGACCCCCACCCCGGCCCCCAACCCAGCCCCGAGCCCACCCUGGUACCCUGAGACCCCCCCCCGAGUCUCCCCCCCACCACAACCCUGAGACCCCCCCCAAUCCAGCCCAGAGCCCCCCACAGAGCCCCGAGCCCGUCCCAGAA